AUGGCAGAAGUUCACAUUAUUGGCGAAAUUUCUCAUGCCAAAGAUUUUCCUAGACCGGAACUUUUUUGCAAGUGGCAUUUACAAUUUGGUAACAAUUGGAAACUCAUUUCUGGUAAAAAAGAGGGACAAACUCAGGUUUCUUGUUCUCAAUUUGAUAAUAAAAGUAAAUGGUGUUUUCCCAUAGAUAUACAUUUAGCUACAGCUGGAAUUCAAGGUAAAUACAGUGCGUGUAGAAAAUUCUGGAGCGUAUAA